GGCAUUCACGAUCCCAAGCUGCUCGGCGACCUGCUGACCUGCGUGAAUCCGGCGCGGAUCAUCGAGCGGAACCGCGCGUUUCGGUCGUAUAACCGAAGCGAUCAGUUGGCGAUGGCGGUCCCGAUUAAGUCGCUGACGGACGCGAUCAAGCAUUAUUUCACGCUGCCUUCGGUGUAUUUUCCGGUGACGUCAGCGGCGUGCAAGGCGGGGGAGGAGGCGAUUCGGUCGAGUAACAAUUCGCAAGCGGACGUGUCGCAUAUGUGGGACUUGGUUUUUGGCCCGGAAGCGAUGGGGCCGUCUCUACAGGGAGCGAAGGUGUGAAUGUAUGUAAA